AUGGAGAAAUGGAAGAUCAAGUGCAUUGAUGAGAAAUGCAAAUGUAAGAAAGAGGUUGAAGCUUUAUCAGAGACUCAUGAUCUCUGUAUUGGAGGCGACUGCAUUGAAAUGUUACAACAGACUUCUGCUGUUCUACGAGUCAUUCCUUACAUGAAGGUUUUUGCGAGAGUUGCUCCUGAGCAAAAAGAACUAAUUUUGACUACUUUUAAAACGGUGGGAAGGAUGACAUUAAAGUGUGGGGAUGGUAGUAAUGACGUUGGGGCGCUGAAGCAGUUACCGAAAUCAAAGAUAAAUUUGCUUUUCCUUCCGAAUCUAGUAAAAUAUCACUUCAUUGCCAGAAGAGAAGAUAAAAGAAAGCUCAGACAGGAUCUUUCUCUGAUUGUUUCUGAUGAAAUUGAAAUGGAACGUGUCAAUAUUGUGACAUCUAACACUUUCUUUGUUCAAGCACAUGUUGGAGUUGCUUUCUUGAAUGCCUUGCCUCUAACUCAAAACAAAGCCUCAUCAUCAGGAACAUCUAAAGAAGAAAAGACAAAGUCAGGUAAAUCACAGAAAUCUAAGUCUGCAUCAGAUGCUGCCGGCAAACCUAUCACUCAGAAUGAAGAAGGCUCUUCCACCAGCCACACUUUUGGUAACCGCCAUCAGGCGGCUGUUGCGAUGCAACGACAGAAGAUGAAGAUGCAGAUUGAUGAGAUGACUGAGGCAUAUGUGUUGAGUGUUAUGCAUUUGGAUGGUGUUAAGCUUGGGGAUGUCCAGGCUACAAUCAGUGGUAUCUUUACAGCUGCCUUAUUCCUAUUCAUAUCACAUGCCCGGCCUCUUCCUACUCUGUCAGCUGCACGGCCGCAUCCUAAUAUAUUCUGCCUAUAUGUUUUCCUUUCGCUCAUGGGACAGUUUGCAAUUCACUUGCUUUUCCUGAUGUCUUGUGUGAAAGAGGCAGAGAACUACAUGCCGGAUGAGUGCAUUGAACCAGACUCAGAUUUUUAUCGCAAUCUUGUGAAUACGGUCGGUUUCAUACAUGGUAAGCAUGAUGCUCCAGGUGGCCACUUUUGCUUCAUUACAUCUGACGUAUUUAGGGACUUAAAUGAUUGUUUUAAGUUGCUGCCAUUGCCACGGGGAUUGAGGGAUAAACUUGUGAUUUGGGCUUCUCUCAUGUUUUUGAGUUGCUAUUCAUGGGAAAAAGUUUUGAUGUGGGCAUUCCCAGGUAGAGUUCCAGAUUGGAAGAAACGACAACGUGUGGCUGCAGCUAAUUUGGAUAAAAAACAUGUUUGA